AUGAACUCCGGCAAGAGAAAAAUGAAGGAAGUUGUCGGCAGAGCUUCAGCAGAGCAACAGCCGCCGGCAGAAAAUCACCAAUUUGAGUUGUUCGGUAAUUUCCAAGGCGGCGGCCGCCACCACUCUGCAUCUCCGAGUAACCCUCAGGCAAACUGCCGCCAGUCUCAGGUGCAGCAGAUUCUCAACUCUGCCGCCGCCCGGCCAUCCAAACCCUUCUCAUUUACAUCACUGUUAGUGGCCAACGAUGAGGAUGACGUGGACCCACUCCUUACCGAGAUCCAAAGCCAGAGUGAACAAGUCAAUCAGAUCAUCUUGCUCCAUACUGAUAUCCUUAGGCAGGCCCUCGGAGGCGUACUGGAGAAGCAGCAGCGGGCCAUCCGCCGGGCCGCGGACGAGCGGGCCCAACAGAAACUCAAGCAGAAAGAAAUCGAGCUGCAAAUAAGUUCAGCCCGAAACAUAGAGCUGGCAAGGAAGGCCGAGCAUUACAGGAAAGAGGUCGAGCACCUGCGGGCCAUGGUGGAGCACCUGGAGCAGGCCACCACGACCCUCAAGGCCCACUGGCAUGGGGACAAGGCCCAUGAGGACACAAACUCAUCCACGAAUGUAGACUCGGACAGCGGGCUAAGGCCCGUUCGGAUCGAUUGCAGGGCCUGCAGCAGGCAACGGGCCACGGUGAUGAUGUUGCCGUGCCGCCACGUGUCCGUAUGCUCUAUGUGCGAGGGGACAGCGAGGACUUGCCCCGUUUGCCGCACGCUGAAGAGGACGAGCUUAGAGGUCAUUUUUCCGGUCGACUGA